UCGAGAGUUUGACGCAACCUUGUAAUGUCGGGGACAUGAGUAACAUGUGGCCAUAGUUUCUAGCGAUGCGGUGCCCUAAAUGUGGAAGCGUAGACUUAAAAGAUACCUUUAAAUGGUGUCCAGAAUGUGGUUUUCCUCUUCAAAGUAUUGCUCAUGGCAAGGGUAAAAUUGUUCCAAAUGCAACAGGGGAGCAGCCGCGAAGCGAUGCUUUGGCAAGGAGACACGACCUUGGUAAAGAUGAAGAACACGUUGAAGGUGGUGGUCAAAAUCAGCAGCACAUGCCUUUAUACAGAGAUGAGCAUGGGACCCUGUUGAGUCAACAAGCACAGCCUACGAUUCACUUGGGUCAGCCAGACAUCGAGGGUGGUUCCUCCAUAGUCGAUCGGUCAACAGAGAAAGAGAAUAAGUCGCUGGAAAGCCAUCUUCAUUCCGCGAAUUCCCCAUCAACUUCCCAGUGGCCGACAACCUCAGUUUCUACGAGAGACAGUGGUCUGCCCUGGCAGGCUGGCGCCUCCAACUUUACGAAGACAGAAACGCCGGGUUCAGAGGAUAAACCAGGUAUUACAGAGCCAACAGCAGAACUGCAUGGGAGGCAGCCGGACGUUGUCGAUAAAAUGGCAUUAAGGGAACUAUCUACAGGAAGAAAUGACAGCCAAGUCACCAUGAAAGAUAAAAUUCCUCUUGGCGAAAGCGUGAGAAGCUCAGCAGUACUUAAAGAGGGAGACGUUGAUGCUGUUCAGACAGGAAGUGAUGAUGGAUUAAAUAACACAAAGAAAGAUGACAUGGAGUCAAAGAAAUCAUCAAAUGAUGGCCAGGUGACUCCGGCCAGCCAUAAACAAAAGGGUAACGAGAGGGAAAUAGAUGAGAAGGCUGACAGGAACGUCACUGCAAAUUUUCAACAACCCAAGGUGCAAAGCCCUUUGAAUUCAACAUCUCAAAAAGGCACUGGAAAAAAACUCGCUGAGGUGCAAGAAAAAAAAGAUGCAAAGGCUUCAGGUGAACACUCUCAGACCUCCAAGAGCGGAACUGAAAAUCUGAAUGGUGGAAGAGUCGAGACCGUCACUCACGUCAAUUCACCAUCGGAAGGAAAAGAAAUUGUCUUAAGAGACCCUCUUGGAGGCGCACAGAACGUAGGCGAUGGCAAAGAAAGUGCUCAGACCACAGAGGAGGCAAGGUCUGGAUAUUGGUACCGAAAGGAUAAGACUCAUCCGCAAGAAAAUAACACCGAAAUCCAUAAAAAGGACAAGGGAAAGAGAAAAGAAGAAAAAAUCAGCACGGCCAGCAAUCCACUUUCAAAAACCUCUUCACCACGAGUUUAUUUUCUGAAGCAGGUGGAACCAGAAGUUGGGGUCACGGUGGUGUUCCAUGUUUUGUUGGUGGCUAAUUUUAAAAUGGAGGAAGAGAGUUUGCACAUUCGGGCUAACGGAGAAGACUUAGGAAACUUUCAGUUAAACUGCGUCGACAUGGAAUUAGUAAGGUGGGACAAAGACAAAGACAAAAAAAGGCUUAUGCACUUUACUGGCCAGUUCACUCUUACGGUCAGUCGUGCCCAAAAAGGAACCAGUUACAAGUACGUGAUAGUCAAGAAAGGAAGCGUUCUAUGGGAAGAGCUGGUGGAGUUUCAACCACGCUAUCGUGAAGACAUAAUGAAUCGAUUUCUUAACAUUCCCUCCAAACAUUUGAAACAGGGAGAAACGUGGCACCAAUUUGACGGAGUCAGUUACAUUUCUUCGGAUAAAGGUUGGUGGGAUACAGUUAAAGGAUGGUUUCGUAGUGACGAAACAGUGGCAAAUCGCACAACAGCAUUACUCGCGUACAUACCAAAUUGGAAGGGUUUUCAUGUUGGCAACGCUGGGGAAGAAAUGAAAGCAACAGAAGCAAUUGUGAAGUUAGACAAAGUGGUAGACUGUAUGACCAACGUGUGGGUUAAGCACUCUUACUCCGUCCCUGAAAAGAAGAGACCAACAGAUUUCAAAGCUCACACGGUAUUGGUGGACCUCUUGCAACCUAAAAUAAAGGAAAACGCUGCAACUGUGACCAAAAGUUCUGUGCAAUUUGAAGCUAGAGCCUCAGCAUUGGUUUCGUCUCUAGCGAUUCUUCUGAUCUUCAAACAUUUCAAAGUAAAGCUAGAAAGGGAAUAUGUUAUUUCACUUUUGAAGUGCUUGAAGCUUGAAGCAGAUCCCAUCGACCAAAAGUGUACCUUGUAUGAAGUGGUUCUGAGCGAAUUCAGUGAGGGACUAAGAGAAUCUGCUGCUAUUGGAAUUGAGCAAUUAUGCAACGAAAUCAUGGAGGAAUACUGGAAACAAGAUGCACUAACGUGGCUAUUGGCUGUACCAUUGCUGCAUUUCUUAAGAGAAGAUUCUAAACCUUUCGAAAAACCUGGUGUUGAUGGAUCGUACAGCAAAUUAGAGUGGGCGGGAGCUCAGGGACUGAGAAUAAGAGAAUUGCAAAGAUCAUUAGUACAACUAAAUCCAUUGGACAUCUUGCCUAUGCUUACUUCUUCCUUUGAAGUAGACUUUCUGCUGAAAAGAACCGUCCUCCACACCAUUCCUGUAUGGGAACUAGAUAAGAUCGUUGCUUCGAAGAUGUUUCUAAUCCCUGAUAUUUGCGUUGCCUUGGUAACAUACUGCUCCCGUGAAACUGUGCCUGGUGACAAGUGGAAAAAUGUACUCCAGUGUAUUAGAUUGAUGAUUUCUCAGAUAAACUGGGAAAAAGAAUCAACAUGCACUGAACUUAAAGGAAACGAGUUCACAAUUUCAAUAUGUCUACAGCUGGUUGAAGUCUUCUUCAAGAAGCUGAACUUUAUGGACCACAUUGAAGUCAUCUGCCAGACAAUGAAGCUGCUUUUUGCAUGUAUUUAUGCGCAGCGAAUGGAAUUCGAAGAGAAGCUUGACAAGGAGAAGAGCCGGGAAAACGAGAGCAAAAUCAUCAACAAACUGCUAAAGAGCCUUGGAGACAGGUUGUCAAUAGAUCUCAAUAAAGAGAUGUCCUCUUUUUACAAGAGCAAAAAUUUAGCCAGGGAACUUUCGUUGUGGAGCGAAUUGCUUUGGGUCGCGGAUGAAAAUCAGGGAUUUACUGCUUAUAGGGAGUUUUUGAUCAACAGGCUGGUGAACCGAGCAAAAAGGCUGGAGGAAAAAUUCUUGAUUGAAAUUUUUUGUGAAGUGAAUAUGGAUGCUCUUGAAAGAGGUGUUGGAGAAUCAUUUACUAAGCUUGCCUUUCAAGCGGUGGAAAAGAUUAUUAAUUCAGCAAAAAGAGGAGACGACAUACGUAUAUUUCACAAUCUAUCAAAUUCAAAAGCAGGAAAAUCCGGCGAGCUUCUGUCCAUGUUUCUGACAAAGUCUUGGCCAAAAGAUGGAGAACAUUCAGACGCGUGUGGGUUGGAUCCUCGAACAGUGGAGUUUGUACUCACUUGGAAUCCAAUGAUUGGAUACCUCAAAUUCUUCAAUAAUCCUAAAGUUUUGGGCGAUGAGACUGGAAGAGGUGGUAUACUUUCGGAUGAUGCCAAGGAGACGUUAUUUUUGGCUAAAUCGUUGCUGGACGCUCUUGUGAGAGUCAUAUCAGAUGGCUCAGUGACGGUUCAAGUGUUACUUCUUCUACAGAGGCGUAAAGAAACGUUUUUGGAACUUUUGAAGACAAGUUCUGUGGAGAACAAAGACGUUGAGCUUAGCCUGGCUCGUAGAUUAGAAGAGAUCCAGGAAUUUUUCGAAGUGAAAGAAAAAGUAGGGGUAUUCAUUGGAAUGUGUGACGCGAUUCAGCCAGUCGAUUUAACCAACCUCAAGAAUAAGGUGCCUCAGGAUGUUUCUCACUUCCAGAUUCAAGCCUUGUGCAAACGGAAAGACGACAACCAAAUCGAAGUCACCUUCUUUAAACUCCCUCCGGCUCUCAAGGAGGUUCUUUCGACACUUGAAAGAGUUCAAGAGAGCCUAACGUUCCAAGCUCUUUGGAAAAAAUGUGGGAAUAAAGCACAAACAACCAGGAAGAAUGACGAUACACGAAAACCACAGCUCAGGAUUUCCGAUGUUGUUGAAAGUGUCUGGAAACCAGCUUUUACCAGUUGGACGCAAAAUGUUGCUAGUGUCAAGGAUGGUACAAUUUCUCUUGGAGAUGUUGACAAGAUCUUUGACGGCUACAGAAACCGCAAAAAGGAACUCGAGGGAGAGUUAUCCUGCAUGUUUAACGUGAACACCAGCGAAACUGUCAACGCCAGAGAAUUGAAGAAAAUUGUCGGAGAGCGACUUGCUCAAAUUCACCGUUACCAACAACUUGAUCAGUACUCCAGUGCAGCUGACACCAUCUGGGAGUUUAAGGAGGCAAUGGGUUUUACCGGGGACUUCAAAGUUGUCGAAGAUCUACGAAAUCAGUUAUCAGUGGAGUUCAAGCAGAAGCCCUUGAACAGCGUAGGGGAAAGCUUUUCAAAGGCUGGUCAAGCUCUUCGGUGUUUGGAUUUCAAUAAGGCUCAGUGCUUCAAAGCAGUGGUGGACAGUAGACGGUUGGUGGAGUGGCUACGUUCUACUAUCAAAUCCACCCAAGAGCUAAAGGUUCUUGUUGACUUGGCCUUGAUCUCUGCUGGUGAAAGUGAUAUGGAAACUGACCGCAUAUCCAGUCUACAUACCAGCUGUCUCGGUUUUGCUCCUCUGAUAUUUGACCUCAAAGAGAGCGAAGAACAAAGAGUAAGCUUUGUUCAACUGAUGAACGCCUGUGAUCCUGUAUGGAAAGCAGUCGAGACGGAUAAGAUGUUACCCGAAAAACUGAAAGACACUAGUAGACAUCUGGAAUGGCUAAAAACUGUUAAAGAGUCCCACGGUUCGGUUGCUAUGACAUCAUUAGUGCAGGCCAAGACCAUCAACUCCAGUGGGGUAUAUGUUGUUGGUCACUUGGACACCAAAAAGGGUCCGUCACCAGAACAAGGAAAACGAUUGUCAUUCAAAGAUGUGAUCCAACUGACGCUUCCCCUUAAGAAUGGACGUGAAAAGGAGCAGAAGAAAACUUACUCUAUUGACGAACUAAAGGAUUUGCAGAGUAAACUGAUGUUGAUCGCAGGAAAGGCUGAAAAAGGGAAGGAUGACGUGGAACAGUUUGUGAGGAAUCUUGAAGGUGUAAUGCGUUUAGCGACUGCGUACAUCAGUCUCUUUGAAUGUGGUUACAUUCAUCGCAUGGAUUGGAAACAAGAGUUUCACUGUAGCAAAGACCAAGUCGCGGGCGAAUCUAUUGCGGAGGAUCUGGAAAAGGAAAGCUCCUUCAUGGAAAGGUGUUACAUGAACUGGAAGAAGAGGGUCAGUGAUGCAAGGAAGGAGUAUAGAGAAUUGAAUCUAUUCACAACACAGCAGUUGAUGAUAUUGAGGAAGGAAAUUGCCACAGUUUGCCACAGCAACGACCUUACUAUGGGCAACACCCAAGUUCUCACUCUGCUGGAAAGUGUUCGUCCCUAUUUAACCAGCAAGCAGUUAAAAUUAGCGAUAGAGCGUGCUUUUUAAGGACACGGAUUUACUAGAGAACGCUAGAGGCACAGCGCCGCUACCUUCGUUCACUCCAGUUCCAUCACAGGACGAAAUGGUGACU